AUGGACAACAUAUUAGCAUUGCUAACUAAAAAACCCAUUAGAUGUGGGAAAUACUCGAGUUAAGAGGCCUUAAUAUGUGAUGUGAACUCAUCUCAUUAAGAACAAUCCUAAAUAAAACAAAAAAAAAUUGAAUAACUAAAAAAUUAGUUACAAAGAUUAAAAUAGAAUUUUGAUAAUUAGUCAAAAUAAAAAAUGAAUAUAUCCAAUAUCAUUGAUAAUACAAUCUAAUAAUUACUUUAAUUCAAAGAAUGGCUCUAAAUCAAAAAAUAUGAAGAACCUUGGUAAGAAAUUAUUUAAAUGGAGAGAGAUAUCUAUUUAAAUGAGGACAAUAUUAUUAAAACCAUGCCUAUUCUACAUUUUAAUGAAAUCUUACUUCAACAUUAAUUAUGUAUACUAGAACUAGCCUCUCAAUCAUAAGCAAUUUAAUAGUAGAAUUUUUGGAUGACAUAAAUACACACAUUACAUGAGACAUUUAUCUAAAAGAAUAAUAUGAUUUUGUAGUUACUUAAACCAAAAAAUUAAGAUAAUCUUGAAUAAUCUAUAGAGAUUAGUGAGCAAGAUUUUAGUCAUUCUUUUGGGAAGAAAUAUUGA